ACACAAAUUUCCCAUCUUCAGCUCAACUCACACCCCACCUUUGGCUUCACCCCUCAACCAACUUAUCGACUAUCAACCAGCCCCCAACUCUCAGCACCAUCCUCGUUACACACAAUUCAGAUACCCAAGUCAUUUCUCAAUCUCCAUCCAACACCCCUCAACAUGACAAUCUCCGAGAGCUCUACCAAGCAACCUGUUGUCUGUGUCUUCUGUGGUGCUUCUUCGGGGAAGUCACCCGUUCACCUCGAGUCUGCGAGGGCUCUCGCUCGAAUCCUGCACGACAAUGGCAUCAAAUUGGUCUACGGUGGCGGCACCGUCGGUCUCAUGGGCGAAGUAGCCCGUACCCUCGUUUCCCUCAGCGGCCCCGACUCGGUACAUGGAAUCAUUCCUCAACCGCUGGUCAAGUUUGAGCAGAACCAUGACCCCAACGACCCCAAUGCGCACACCAUCGACGAGUCCAUCUUUGGCAAGACGACAAUAGUCAAGGACAUGCACACUCGCAAGCAAAUGAUGGCGCGCGAGGUCAUCGAGGGCGGUCCCGGUGGUGGCUUCGUCGCGCUGUCUGGUGGAUACGGUACAAUGGAGGAGCUCAUGGAAAUAACAACGUGGAACCAGCUAGGUAUCCACAACAUGCCCGUCAUUGUGUACAAUGUGAAUGGGUAUUGGGAUGGCCUCUUGGCUUGGGUGACCAAUGCUGUCGAAUCCGGCUUCAUUGGGGAGAACAAUGCUGGCAUCGUGUCCGAGGCAAAGACAGCAGAGGACGUGUUGAACUGCCUGAAGACAUACAAGAAUGCUGAAGGGCGCUUCAACUUGACGUGGGAGGAGCAAUGA